UUAGGGAACUCUAGGCAUCUGUUCCAGGAACUGAGAACUGUAAGAUUUCCAUGCCCCAUUGAAGUUUUGCAUAUGCAGAGGAGAUUUAAAUACUAUUCUGGGACUCUGCUGCAUGUAAACAACCCCCAGUAUCACUGCGUCAUAAAAUCCUUUAGCAUGAGCAAAAAAAAAAGCAGCAUUCAACUUUUGCAUGAAUCACUCUCUUAGCUCUCAAUGACACUGAUGGCUCGCUUCGUCCCAGCCAGAUCAGAUUAUCCCUAUUUCUCCUGUGGGACUAAUUAAACUUUUGAAUUCUCAUGUAACCUCACCAGAAACGAGAAGUGAAGAAGUGACCUAUGCAGACCUGAAAUUCAUGACACUGGAAAAAUCUCAGGACCAGGAGCUCCAGACUGCCACAGCAAAAGAUUACCCCAGCCCAUCUUCCUGUUGGCGACUGGCUACAGUGAUGCUUGGGGUCUUCUGCCUAAGUUCAGUGGCAGCUGCAGGAGUCUUGGCUGCCAAGUGUAAGUAUGGUCACAGAAGGAAUGUUCAGAGUUCAGUAUGAGCAACUAAAAGCCUAGGAAAUUGGUUAAGGAGGAGGAUUAGCCGAGGAAAUUAAUGAUGAAAAAAACCUGGCCCUUGCUGGAAGAGUUUACCCACUCAAGAGACCUCCCAGUCUUUGAAAUUGGGAUGUAUUAUGUCAUGAUUAUGGGUGUGCACAAACUGUAAGUAGGUCAGGUAUAUUCAGUUAUGGGGAGGUAUGUGUGUCUUUGGUAAGUUUAUUCAAGUUGCAUUGGGCAGUUUAGCUUUAAUAUUAAUGGAACAAUUUCUUUCUUGUUUUGCUGCGAUUCAAGUCAUCCUGGUCUCCCACCUUAUGCAUGAAAGGGAUGAAAACUUCACCCUGCAAAAGGCAAUUGUGGAAAGCCUCAACCAGCAUCUAGAGCUCCUCCAGGCUCAGAAUUUGAACUUGACAGAGACUGUAAAGCAACUUGCCACCCGCAGAGGACAUAAAUGUAUUCCUUGCCCUGAGAACUGGCUACAGUACGGGGAGAACUGCUACUUCUUUUCAGAGGAAUGGAAAACCUGGCAAGAAAGCAAGGCAAAAUGCUCGGCUCUGGAGUCCAGACUUCUUAAGAUAGAGAGUAAGGAAAAGCUGGACUUCAUAAUGCGAUUAGCACUGUCUCGCAGUUCUUCCAUUUUUUGGAUUGGGCUGUCUCGCAACAGAGCCGAGGGGACCUGGCUGUGGGAGGAUGGAUCAGCUUUCUCCCCUGAUUUGUUUCAGAUCCAACGAGCCAGCUUGAGUCCUUCUCUAGACUGUGUGUGGCUUCAAGGUGCAAACAUAGACACUGCACGGUGCAGUGAAUACAAAUUUUACGUCUGUGAGAAGGUGGUGGAUCUUGUGAUGGUUGAGCAAGUGAGCUACUCAGACAGGCACUAGGGUGCAGAGCUCUGUAGAGAGCCCUGUCCUGGGAUAUACUCACAACAGUGGGGGUGAGUUCCAGCCCAGAAUUUGCAAGAGUCAAAACAUUAUCCUGAGUCUUAGCUCAGUCAGAGUCCUUGGGCUUUAAUUAAAAAUAACUUAAUUUCCUCUUUCUUCUUUCAGCCCUCGCAUUCCUAUGCAAACACUUCUCAUAAAUUCCUUUGUAAAUGAAACAAAAUUAAGUAUGUGAUUCUGGAACUCUAUUGUAAAGAUUCAUACCUAUCUCCCAGAAACAGGAAUCAAUGACUACUUAUAAGAGCAACACAUAAUGUUUUUGAAAUCUGUCCAUUGGGUAUUCACAGAUGUGAGCUCCCAAUUUACAAUAGAUUUCCAAAUAUUUUAUUUAAUUUCACUCUCCACCUGCUGAUAACUGAAAGUUCAAUCAAAUCAGAGCCUCCCUUAAAAGACAAAAAUAUUUCUAGUCCUCCUGGUUAAAGAAAAAAAAAACUGAAAUGGGAUUGCAUCCCUUAUGGGCUAAAAAAAACAGAAGGCAAAUACACAACACAUCUUCACUGAGGGAAGUCAGCAAUUUUUAAUACCUAGGAAUGCCAGUCCAACUACUACUGUAUUAUUGCAGCUGCAUUCCUCUAAGACAUCUGCCUUGAAAAUAAUCCAUGUCACACAUGAUGCAGUUCUUUGAUUUCUCAAAUCCAUUUUCCAUUCUGCUGCAGAAUUUCUCAACUGGAAUAAAUAUUGCUGCUAUUGACCUUUUC